CAACGUGGCGCCGCGCCGGGUAGCGCUGGGGUGAAAGGAACGGCGGGUUCUGCGGCUCCGUCAGAGAGCAACUGCUGCCCGGCGGUGGGGAACGCCGCUGCAAGAGCUCGCCGUUGCAAAGUGCCCGGCCCGGCCCGCUUAAUCAGGGACGAUACGGGCUCUCGGAAAUAGGUUUUCCCGCAUAUCGUCACCGAGCGUAGCACCACGUUGCAGCGAGGUCGGUGAAAUUCAACCACGCAGCGUCCAGGGAAGCACCACGGUUAAAUAUGGAAUUAGAAAUAACGACCGUAGUUCGGCUCCCUUUUCUGGAUGUCGCUUUGUAAAGCCGAAAAGGGAGCGGGAUAUUUGCUUUGGAGCGGAGUCAGCGGCAGCCCGGGGACGCCAGGCGCGGAUACUGAAGCGGGCGCCCGAGGGCUGCGUGGGGCGCGCAGCGGAGCCGGGCCGCCUCGUGUUCGUGCCGCUGCCCGGUAGCGCGGUCAGGUACCUGCAUUGUCCGCUCGCUGCGUUCGCUUCCCGGCCCCUGAAAGAGCAGGAAGUGGAGCUGAGCUCUGAGAGCUGUAUUGUUACUAGAAGCUCCGUUUGGGUGGCGGGAGGAGAGCUUUGAAGACUUUAUUUAAGCUAAUAAUAUCCGUGAAUGCUCGUUACCUGCACCCAAGACAAAGGAUUACACGGCUACACGGUAAUGACUUUUUCCACUGAGCGCUUUUAAGACGCGCGUUCUUGGUAAUUGCAUGAGGAACUCCGUGUGAGAGGAGCUCUAUCUGGAUCUGAUAAUCCUGCCUGACCCUGGAGAGUUACUUCAGACCGACUUUCAUAUUUUUAAGAACUUUUUGUCUAAUAUCAAAAUACAAAAACCUGAGGAUGCUGAUAUGAGUGACCGCUUCUGUUUUUGUCCAAGCAAACAAAUGCCUUUUUUUUUCCUCCCCAGAAUGCACUGUGCAGACUGUGCGGGAGACUGGGGUCAAGGGCAGGGAGAAAAGAUACUAAAUGUGUUGCUUCCUUCCACGAGGAACCGGACAGAACUUCCUCUAAGUAGCAGAGCCCUGAGCGAGCCCUGAGGUGCUCUGGGGAUGUGACCUGUGCAACCAGUGCCUGCAUUGCCAACAGCGAAAGCCUUCAGACAAAUAGCCGUGUAAAUGUGAGCGAGAUCAGACAAAGGUUCUGAGAUUUUGGAGAUAAGAGUUGUGCAACACAGGUGCUGCUUACAGUCCCGAAUACUCGACAUGAAGAGGAGCUGAUAGGUCAGCAUGGAGCCGACAGCUGCUGGAGCUGCUGCUGUGACCCAUCAUGUAGUUUGCUGUGAGGCAGCCUCACCGUGGAUAGCAUUAGGUGUCCCACCUAUAGGGUGCAAAUAACCAAAGCGUGUCAGGGAAGAUGGUACUGAAACCACAGCUUUGAAGGAAAGCACGCCUUGAAGUUGCUGUAAUGGGCAUCUAGGCGAGAUGCACCCUUGCUCUGCCUCCACCUUGAGAAGUUCGUUUGUUGAGCUUAGAGAAUAACAGUAUUACCUCCACAGAUCACAAGGUGAGGUGUGUGUGGGACAGAGUGAUGGGGAAGGCAAAGUUCUGGAACAAUUUGCUGAGCUGUGCCAGAUGAAGGAGGCCACGAGAAGCCCUGUACAGUUGAAAGCAGUGCCUGGUGCCCCAUGCUUUGGAUAAGGACUGGCUGCUGGGAGCAACGAAGCUGUGCUGCUGUUCAGCUACUGGUGAUAUCAGUCCAGCAAUAAAUCCAUCAGCCCGGGGAAGGCUGUAGUUAAUCAUUGUGACCCAUGGUGUCUGAAAAUCUCCCACUCCUUCGUGUUGUGCAGGGCGCCUAUUUGUCAAUAGGGCAGGUCCCCUGCAUAAGGACAGUGUUUUUCUUCACACCCAAUGAACAAACACCUCCACCCACUGUUGUUGUUUUAAAAGACUCCAGCUGCUCAUGAAUAUAGGGUCAGGGAGGGCCGCCUAAAUGUUUCUCUGUGCUUUCUCCCCAGUGCAGCCAGCAGAGCUGUUUCCUGUUCUUUGUUUCAAGGCUGGGGUUUGCGUCACACAUUCCAAGUGGCAUAUGUGGUGCUCUUUCCUGUUUCGAGCUGUUUUCUGGUGGAUUGGUGGCCUCGUCCAGGCCCCUUGCCACUGCCCCUCAACUCCCUAUCCCCACCCAGUGAGUUAUCAUGUCCCUACACACACAGUUGCUUAAGAUGCCUGCAUUAUGUCAUCAUGAGAUUUCCAAGUUAACCUUUAAUGUGCACCCGCGACUCCUAGUAUGUUUAUGGGGGUGACCUGAAGAGCUGCGCUCCCUCUGCUGAGAGCCAGUUUUCUCCUCUGGCUUGUGAUGCUGGCUGGGCUGGAACCGCUCCAUUAAAGCCACGGAGUUAGGCUGGUGUGAGAAAAGAGCCCACAUCUGCACAGUCAUCUUUCAGAGGGAGCCUUGGCUGCCGCCCUCAGCCAACCUGGAUGGCCCACUGUGAACGCUUUUCAGUUCCAGUUCUUGAAAGAAAAACACUCUCGUUAUCCAUACUAGAAGAUUCUCUGUCUCACAGAUGUAAUGCAGAAAAUGAGAGUGCUGGCUUUUCUUUGGAAUAAACAGAACUCCAGAUAACAAGAAGUAUUUGUCCAUACAGUUUUGGCCAGGACAUCACAGGCAUCAGAAGAGGUGAAUAAAGAAGAUGCUCAUGUUUGAUCCAGUCCCUAUCAAGCAAGAAGCCAUGGAUCCCAUCUCAGUGUCAUACCCAUCCAAUUACAUGGACCAAAUGAAGCCAAACAAAUACAGCGUCAUUUAUUCUGCACCAAGCAUGUUGCACAACAAAUUCUACUCAAACCCUGACGGACUGUCGAAUGGAAUCCAGAUGGAGCCAGUAGACCUUACGGUGAACAAGCGAAGCUCACCGCCUUCGGCUGGCAGUUCUCCUUCCCCUUUAAAAUUUCAGACUGUGCAUAGGAGAACUUCCCCUGGAUUGACUCUGUCCUCACCCAGCUCUCCCAUCAGUAAAUUCACACCGUCACCCCCAGGAGUACAGCCGUUAUCCAUGCCUAUAACCAUCCCUCCUGUAAUGGCUGCUGCUCUUUCCCGCCAUGGACUGAGAAGCCCUGGAAUACUCCCGGUCAUUCAGCCUGUUGUUGUCCAGCCAGUUCCUUUCAUGUAUGCUCCCCAUCUCCAGCAGCCCAUCAUGGUAUCUACAGUCCUUACAGAUGAGAUGGAAAGUCCAAGCAGCAUGCAAGUGCCUGUUAUUGAGUCCUUCGAGAAGCCAGUACUGAAGAAAGCAAUUAAAGUAGAACCGGGAAGCGAACCAGCAAAGACUGACUUCUAUUCUGAACGAAUGUCACCUCCAAUGACCUCAUUGUCUCCCCAGGAAGUAAUGCUGCAAGAGAAUCACCCUUCAGUUAUAGUUCAGCCAGGGAAGAGACCUUUGCCAGUGGAGUCACCAGACACGCAAAGAAAACGCAGAAUACAUCGGUGCGAUUAUGAAGGCUGCAACAAAGUCUACACUAAAAGCUCCCAUCUGAAGGCUCACAGAAGAACCCAUACAGGUGAAAAACCAUACAAAUGCACUUGGGAGGGAUGCACGUGGAAGUUUGCUCGUUCUGAUGAACUAACGCGGCAUUUCCGCAAGCAUACAGGAAUCAAACCUUUUCAGUGCCCAGACUGUGACCGUAGCUUUUCACGUUCGGACCAUCUUACUCUUCACAGAAAACGUCACAUGCUAGUCUGAGUGUCUUCUGUCCCCGACUCCUGUCAACAUUUUUUUUUUACACAUGCAUUUUAAUUCGGGUUCAGCUGGUCUGAAUCUCUGGAGUUUAUACCAUUAAAAGCUUACAUAUGGUCAGUACUAGAUGUUAUCUAACCCUUCUGUGUCCUUGCCACGGGUCAGACCUAAAGAAUGUGAACAAUUGUUUUGUUUUGUUUUGUUUUUCUUUCUCCUGGGGAUGCUAAGCAAACCCUUUCUUCAGAGAGUGUGUUUAAUGUAUUCCAUUGUGAAUAAGGGAAUUUGUAAACAAACAGCUUUUGUUGGUUUCUUCAUAUAAUCAACCCAGUGUAUACUGAUAAACUAGUAAAUGUUAUUGAGUAUCCAAAAUGCUCAUCCUUGGCAGAGACAUUAUUUAUGUGCCCUGUACAAGGCACACUCUCAUUUUAUGCUCAGCAAUGCAAUGAAUGGACUUCCUCAACCUUGCUGAUUUCUGCAGUAUGAUUAAUACAACAGUUUUAGAAAGACACCUGAUUUAGAAAUCCCCUCUGCCCAGACAGUGGGUAACACUGUAGAAAUAAAUCUAAGCAAUAUACUUUACAGAAAGAUUGAGUCACAGUAUCACUCACCUCAGUCAAGAAGAAAAGUUAGGAGAAAUUGGUCUGUACAUAACACUGUGCAUCUAAACCAAUGCCAUCUGUCCUUUGUAUUAUAGCAUAGUAUUCAACCAUGUUUUUACUGCAUACUGCCCUGGUGGAUUUGUUAAAUGAAGAUCUCGUGUGACACUGUAUGUCUGUUUUCUGUGCAACUGAAUGGAUGGAACAUAUACGGUACUCUCCUAUAACAUGGGAUUAAAAGAUAUUAAUAGAAACCUUCCACACCUCAUUUCAGGGUUAUAGGCUAUCCUUCUGUAAUCACUCCCUUAUGUUUCCUUUAAAUAAUUUUUUUCUCCUUACUGUACCCCAGAAAAUAGAAAUCAUCGUGUCAGAAAUGCUCCAAUGUAUUGUUGCAAAUGCCACUUUAAUACACUACAGUAUUUUGAAAUAUUCACAAUAUUUUUAUGACAAAAUGGCAUCAAAAAUGAAGCACUUCUGUGAUAAACUGAGUCAUGUAUCUGUUUGGUUAAAAGUAUAUGUCAGAUCAUCCAUUUGACAGCUCUGAUCUGUUGCUCUGGUAUUCUUGCAGUGCUCAGUAGAUGGAGCUUCCCUUGUGGAUGCAUCCAUUGCAUUAAAACAUUGUGUCACCAACUCCCAUGUCAGUAGUAAACACAACUCAAUUGCUCAAAUACAAGCAAAUUGAAUUCAGACAACCUACAGCUGAUCCUAGCAAUGUUCCAUACUUGGAACGUUCCCACAGGAGGGAGGGUUUCUCUCUAUUAGCUGUCUGUGCUACUAAAAACAGGAUCUGUUUGUCUAGACUUGAGCACACUGUUGAGUGUUUGUUCUUCACCCUGCGUGAGGUGAACACAAUUCCGUGCCAUAUAAGCUUGUUAAAAAUCAGAUAUUCCUUUGUCUUGGAAAGCCCCACUGGAAAACAGGGCCGUGAGGAGGAGGUUUGCAGAGUCCUCCAGGAGGAGUCAGGUUGGAGGUCCAUCCUCAGGUGGGUACCUCAGGACCUGUGGAGAGCAACACGUGGGCUGCGUUGUGGGGAGUCCAAGAGCAGCAGGCUGAAAUCAUCUGCAGGUGCACAGCUGGAAUGUGAGGAGCCUUCCACAUUUGCUUCCUUGGUGGUGGGGUUUCCAGCUGAUCUCAUGUACCCAUGAGAGUGGAGAGAGAGGAGAUCUGUCUUAGAGAAAAUGUUCAUAGUGAUUGCUAUAAAAUGCAAUCUAUUGCUCAAAUUGUGUAGCAAAUCUUACAUGUGUGAAUAUGAAACUGUCAUUUAAGGAACAUCUGUGCUCUGCAAAGGGCAGAAUGGGGAUUACCAUGCCUAGGGCAGUUCUGCACCUUUUAUAGAGGAAAUCUUUAGGCUCUUUACGUUGCCACACAUCCUCAGGAUCUAGGGUUCGACUGAUCCAUUCAGAACUGAAAAAAGAAACCAAUUGGUUCCUUUCUGUCUGACUGCUCCGUUACUAACACUGAUGAACAUGCAGGAAAGAGAUUGCUAUUAAUGAGCAACUGGUUUAAAAUUGUGCUUUAUCACUGGAUUUUUAUCUUUUAUUUUUGGAGUGAGCAACGUCAUAGGGAGUCAGACUUGGCCUCAUUUGCAAGACUCCAGGUAGUAAUGGUGGUGGUUCAUUGACGUUGAACUGUCACUGGCAGAGGGCAGUGUGGAACUGCUGUAGCAUCAAAUACAAGCAUACAGCUAUGUGGUGUCCUGGGAUAAAAACAAUUCUCAGCUGUUUGAGGGGGCAGAAAGAGGUGAGAUCCUAUUGACCCAUGAGUGGGUUAAGGACAACAGAUUCCGUGUUUAGCUUAACAAAUUGAAAUGCCUGAGAUUUAGGAUGAUAAAGGAACGUUUCUUUCCAAUACUCUUAUUUUUCUUUUAAGGUUUUCACAAUUUAUUUUUUAAUAGAAAUCUAAAAUACCAUAGAGGCAUCCUUUAAUUUGCCUAUGUACCUUUUUCCUGAAAAUAUUUAUGAUAAUGGUGGAGAUGGAGACGGUGGACAUUGGAGACAGUGGAGAUGGAAUAGAACAUUUAAGUGUCUUUAGCUACGUGCCUUGUGUUGUAGGACACCAGAAAUUAAAAUAUUAAAUAUAGAUAUUUCAGACUAUUUCAUGUAAAUGCUUUGUUUAUAGGAUUUCUCACUUGGGUCUGUGGGUGUCUCUGUGGAAUGUUAAAGAAGCCACAUGUGCUUAGGCUUUCACCUUUCAGCUGAAAAUGCGCAUUUACAUCUUCUGUGGCUCAUUGACUCAUUUAGCAAAUUUUGGUUUGAGGGCUGUUGUGAAAUUUUAUAAACCACACGACUAAAUACUCUUAAUAAAACAGUUGGUCAUCCCAUGUAUGGCUUUAAGAGAAGUCUGUUUA